GAAGGUAGAAAAACCAGUUAAGCACAACCACAGCCAUACGUGGGCGGAAACAACACACCCAACCAGAGCCAUUCAUUGAGUGUGAGGCUAUCCUAUCUAUCAUCAAAAAUCUAAUCCUCUCUGUCCCUCCCACUUAAACUUCCUUAUCCCUCAGCCUCGAGACUGUAUUGCCAGUUUCCAUCACAAAACUGAUCCAGCUGACACCAAAGAAGCCAGCAUGGCUUCGGUUGCUCUCUCCCUGGCCAAUUCCUCUCUCCAGGUGAACAAUAAAGGGUUCUCCGAAUUCGCAGGGCUUCGCAGCUCAGCUACCUCUCUUUCAUUCUCUUCUACGAAAGCUUCUGAUGAUUUGUUCUCUGUUGUUGCCUUCCAGACCUCGGCUUUUGGAGGAGGGAUCAACAAGAGGGGAGUGGUGGAGGCGAAGCUGAAGGUGGCCAUUAAUGGGUUCGGUAGGAUCGGUCGAAACUUCUUGAGGUGCUGGCAUGGGAGGAAGGACUCCCUACUGGACGUUAUAGCCAUCAAUGACACUGGAGGCGUGAAGCAAGCCGCCCACCUCCUCAAGUACGACUCCAUCCUUGGCAUCUUCGACGCUGAUGUCAAACCUUCCGGUGACGCUGCCAUCUCCGUUGAUGGAAAGAUCAUUAAAGUUGUCUCUAACCGCAACCCCGUCAACCUUCCCUGGAAGGAUUUGGAGAUUGAUUUGGUCAUAGAAGGGACAGGAGUGUUUGUGGAUAGGGAUGGUGCAGGAAAACACAUACAAGCAGGUGCCAAAAAGGUGCUCAUUACAGCCCCAGGGAAAGGGGACAUUCCCACCUAUGUUGUGGGCGUCAAUGCUGAUGCAUACGACCCUAAGGAGCCUAUCAUCAGUAACGCUUCUUGUACUACCAACUGCCUUGCACCUUUUGUCAAGGUUCUUGACCAGAAAUUUGGCAUCAUAAAGGGAACGAUGACCACGACUCACUCUUACACCGGAGAUCAAAGGCUUCUUGAUGCAAGCCACAGGGACCUUAGACGUGCACGAGCUGCAGCUCUCAACAUAGUACCAACUUCGACUGGUGCAGCAAAAGCAGUGGCCCUUGUCCUACCCUCCCUUAAGGGAAAGCUCAAUGGCAUUGCCCUCCGUGUGCCCACACCUAACGUCUCAGUCGUGGACCUUGUCGUUCAGGUGGAGAAGAAGACCUUUGCAGAGGAGGUGAAUGCUGCAUUCAGAGAGAGUGCUGAGAAAGAGCUUAAUGGAAUUCUGUCUGUGUGUGAUGUGCCACUUGUAUCGGUGGACUUCAGAUGCACUGAUGUGUCCUCAACCGUUGACUCUUCGUUAACCAUGGUUAUGGGAGAUGACAUGGUGAAGGUGAUUGCUUGGUAUGACAAUGAGUGGGGCUACUCACAGAGGGUGGUUGAUCUGGCUGACAUUGUUGCAACCAACUGGAUAUGAUCCUGUUUUACCAGUUGAGUAUCAACUUUUUUUUCCUCUUCCUUUUGUAGAUUAUCAUGUUUUCAAAAUUGUAAUGAGAAUUUAGACAAUUUCUCAUAUUUUUGAAAUCUUAAACCACAUCAUUCUGUGAUAAAUUAAUAUAAAAUUACGGCAUUUUGUAUUUAAUUUUUUUGCUUCAGUUGAAUGCUGAAGCAAAUACUCUUGUUUUUUACUUUGAUAGAUUAUGCUAAUGCAAAAAAUAGAGAAUUUGCUUCGGGAUUCAGUCUAAGCAAAAAAUUUUGAAUAUUUGUUUCAAAUUUUUUUUGCUUCGGCCUAUUGCUGCUGCAAAUAUUCCAUUUUUUGCUUCAACUUUCCUAACCGAAGCAAAAACCCCAUUUUUUGCUUCUGUGAUAGGCCGAAACAAAUAGCUUCGAAGCACCAGAUACCUUUUUCUUGUAGUGGAAAAAAAGUCGAAGGCUAACGUCAUCACUACUUCAGAUGACAUUAUCAAUAUGACCUGUCGAGACCUACAUCUUGCCCCCUUUUUGGUGGUCUUUUUAGUGUUAUGCUUCAUUUUUUUAUUUUGUGGUUAUAGGGGCUUUUGAUUUUUUGAAUGUCUUUAGAAAUUGUAUCAAGUUUCUUGGAUAUGCAAAUUCUCUAAAAUUUCUUUGAAUUUAAUGUUCAAGUCCUUCCCAAGGGCUGUGAUUUGGUGCUAUUGAUAAUGUAUUGUGUGAUUUGAAGCUUUUGGAGUGGAUUUUGUUUGA